AGAGGUCAGGGAAGGCCAAUGGUAACCAGUGGUGUCUGAGCAUCCCCCCUUCUCCUGCCAAAAAUGCCCAGAAAUUACCAUCUGCAAUUGAAUAGGAAACAAUGUGAUAGCCUGGACUGAUUAAACUGAUAAUAAUGAUGGUGUUAUUGAUCAUGCAGAAGGAAGCAGCAGUUCCUUUGGUUCCACAUAAGUGCAUGGCUGGUGUUUGUCGAAGGAAGGCCAUUGUCUCAAAGUCAUUGAAGCAUAUCUUUGUGAAGGAUGGCAAACAGACUCUGCAUUCAUCAACAUUUUAGAAAAAAAGCACGUAGCCAUGUCACAUUGCUUGGAAUGCUCCUUACCUGUCACCUACUGCAACACAAUCUGCAAGUACCAUAAUUUAGUGACUUCACCUCUACCACAAUCAGCAAUUCCUGACUGGAGCAACUGCUGCACGUGACGUCACGGGCACCCAGCAACAGCAAACAAUAUGGAGGGCAGCGGAUGUAGGACGUCUCAUUGUCAGUUAAUAAUCGAUUUUAUCACUCACUGCCAAGAAACCAAAUAUUGGAGUUAAAAUGGAGAUAAAAUGACCUAGUGAUGUUAUAUAAGAGUUGUCGAUCUAUUGUCUGGGUUUGGGAAAAAGUCUAACGCAGUUGAAAAACUUUGGAUGAAACUUCGUCCAGUUGUGGCCCCGUUCUCAGACUCGAGAAAGCAUUGAAAGAUGACAAGUGGUUUGAUGAACCUGUCGCUCCUCAGCCGAGGAAUCGGGGAAGUGCAACAAAAUGGACACGAAAAAGUGGAGGUUAAACUUGAACCUGAGGAUUACUUCAAUUGGGCAGAUGAUCCUAAAAGACUGUACCUCCCCCCUAUACAACCCAAAGUGGCCUUUGAAUCACCAAGGUCCAUGGGAAACAACAAGUCACCAAGAGAAACACAUGAGGUGCAUUUACCUAAAACUUUUACAACAAGGAAAGGAGCUCUUUUGUUAUUCUCAGAAGACAUGCUGCUUCACAGUAAACAUGGACAUGGGCACAGAAAGCACAGGAAAAGGAGGCAUCAUGUCCAUUCUAAGAGCUUGGAUGAUAUAGACUUCAGAACAGUGGAAGAUUUUACAAAGUCCAUAUUAGCGUAUGGAGGAUCGGGCAAUGAUCAUAUCAGCCUGAAAUUUUUACGUCCAGGAAUGAAGGACCUUCUUCAAGAACAUAUGAUCCGUCCAGGUUUUUCAGCACGCCGUUAUCUUUCCAGCUGGACUAAAUGUUUAGAUGACUCCGUGCUGGGAAAACUCACUAGUCAAGGUUUACUUAGUGACAAGAGUCUUACGGAGACCAACCCUCUCCUGCCGAACCUACGCAGGAGAAUCAAUGACAAUCUGUCCCAGAUACCAGGUCCUUACAGACUGAUGAGACAAAUGCUUAUGUCUCCAGGGAGCCUGUCAGGGUACAUGUUUUAUAGAAUGAGGCCAACCACACAAGAAUCAGCAAUCUUAGAGGUCACAGAAAAAGAUGUGACUUCAGGGGAAUCCCCUGCAAGACCUGGAGAUUCCGUCCAAUCAAACCGUCCAGAUACUCGUGGCACGAUAAAGAUCUUCCGCCAAGAGGGGGGAGUGACUCAGGAAGUGGACUAUGACGAUUUAGAUAAAAAGACUAAAGAACAUGUUUUAACAGAUUUAUUGGUCAAAAGUGCAAUAAGUCAUGCAUUGAAAAAGCAACAGGAAAUGUACGAGAAAUCACUGGCAGAGAAGAGAGCGAGUAUAUCAACAGACGCCACUGCAUUUCAUAUGGCAGAAGCUAUUGAGAACCUUGUGAAUGACAACAGCAAUCAGAUAGUGAUAGUGAAAGGCGCCAAGCCAGCACCACCUGAAGUAGCACCUAGUGAACAGAGUACUAUGCAGCCCUCUUCAGGAGAAGAUCAAUCUGCUGGUUGGCCUGAUAUUAAUGAACAAGAUCUAAAAAAAUCUUCUGGAAAGGGCAGUGCAGCCAGUUCAAAGAUGUCUGCAGCUUCUCUCUCCAAACUUCCUGCAGCAGCACCUGCUCCUUCAGUGGACAUGCUGCCCUCUGCUGGGAAGGGGGAGUUUUCCAAAGCCCCAGUCUUGCCUCCCAUUCAAGCUGGUCUUACAGCACAAGGACCUGGAGUUGUACCUCACGUCCAUAUCGAACCUCCAACGCCACAGCAGUCAAUUCUUGCCUCCAGAGAGCAGACCAACCUCACCCGCACCGCCAGCCAGAUGACCAAUAGCAGGCUGGAGGAACAUGAUGAAGAAGAUGAGGGGUUGGAAGACCAAGAGGAGCAGGAGCAAUGGGCAACACAUGUUGAUGAGGAAGAAAUAAUGAAGAAAGCAAAUGAGAAAUCAGCUGAGAAGAAAUCAAGAGUACCUCUCAGUGCAAGGAGCAGUAGAAGUAAAGGGCCUAUGGCUGCAGGAGGUCCCCACCUACACAGCAGUGCAGAGUCUCUCAGUGCUUCCCUGAACUCCCUGGAUGACCUUCCCAGGGUGCACUCAGCAAGGUCAGGGUUCAAGGCCAGUCCUCUGGGUUCUGUGACCGGAAAAAGUGUAUCUUCCAAGAAAUCUAUUGGAAGUGCCCAGAGCUAUGCCAGCCAUAGGAGUCACAAGAGUACAAAGAGUGAUGACUCACAUAAAGGCAGUGUGGUACUUCUGAAUGGAGGAGCACUGUCUAUUGGUGGUGCUGUAAUCAUGAAACCCAAGGAUUCUGAGGAACAUCUGGCUGUAGAAGUAGGGGGAGGAGAUGGCAGAGAUUCAGGACACCAUUCGGAAGAAGAGGAAGCACCACUGCAUGCAUCUGGACAUGCACGUGCACGUGCUGCACCUGCUGCACGUACAAAGGAAACUACGCAACAAGAAAGCAAGGUUACUGAAGGAAGUUCAGAUGUAGAAAGACAAUAUGGGAAAUACCGAGCUGUAGACUUUCACGGUGGUGAUUUUGAUGCCACGGCAUCCAUGUACACCUGGAGUUACAAUCCCCAGGGGGAGUCCGUGUCAAAAUUUGGCACAUCAGUGCGGUCAAGCACAAUUAUCACAGGUCACACAGCUGACUCAGUUUCUGAGGGUUUGCCUGCCUCAGAGUAUUCUGUACCACCUGCCAAGUCUUCUAACACCCCUGCAGUGUUUCUUGAGCCUGAAAUUAGGGUUCAGAAGUCAUUGUCACCAGGGUCUAGCUUGGGACACUCUGAUGUUUUAACAGGGCUUGAAGCUGAUAACCAGUCCCACUCUCAUACCUCUGAGGCAGAAGCUGCAGCAGCAGUAACUGAGUCACAACAGGAGGCAGAGAAGAAAUUGAUUGAGGCACUGACUGCGCAUGCUCGUGCGAUCGCAGUCAGUGUUCUCAAUAAGAGUGAUGCAGGACAGGACCUAGAGGAGGAUGCAAGGCUUGCAGCUGAGUUGUGGAUGGAGCGUUUGCCAACGCCAACACAAAUUAUUUCCCGUAGUCAGUCACUGAAAGAUGUUUCAUAUUUAGACUAUGAACAUGAUCAUGAUGAAGAUGAGGCUGUGAUGGAGAUAGUUAAACGUAGAAUGAAGAGUGCUGAACCCACCGCUGCUGAGUACAGAGAUUUACUGCGUGAAACACUGGCUAGUGUGGUGACCAAGGGCACGGGUAGUCCCAGCGUUCAUUCAGUAGAUGAAGUAAGUCCAGAGUUGAUAGAAGCUCUGGCAAACAAGGAGGACAUAAGGCCAGAAGAUCUAGAAAUAAUUCAAAAUGAGGAAGGCAAGAGUGUCAUUCGCUCCAGAACACACAGUCAGAGCCAUAGUCAAAGUAAAACUCAAAGUCGAAGUCAAAGUCAGACACACAGUCGUGGUCUCAGUCAUGGUCAUAGUGAGGCUCGUAAAGGGACUGGACGCAGUGAGGUAUCCCAGCAUUCUUCACAUGUGUCUCAGUCUCGGCGGUCCAGUGGGAGUGCAGUGAGGAGUGCUGUGGACACACUUGAGAGGAAAGCAUCAGGACAGGAAGAUGGCCACGUGAUGCCGGAAGCAUCUGCUGCUGACCAAAUGGAAGAUGUUGAUGCACAAGUAGCUUCAAUGGACCUUAUCCCCUAUGCUCCCUUGCCACCUAUAGCUACAGCUGAUGACAGUAGUGCACAACCUAGUCUACCACCAGAUGGCUCUGGUGAAAGCUUUAAGCCAUCUGCUCCAGGAAGCCCAGCAAAGUCUUCCAAAUCUGCCAAAUCUGGGAAAUCUGCCAAGUCUGUAAAGUUUGUAGAGAAUGUUAAAGAAGAGAAAACAGAUCCUGUGAAAGGAAAGAAGAAAGCAUCAGCAAAGAAAGCAGGAGAGACAUUAGUUGUGACAGUGACUGAUGAUGUAGAGCCAGAGUUGUCCAAGGAAGAAGCAGACAAAAAGGUGCUAGCAGAAGUUGCUCAGGAACUUGCUCAAGCUGAUGCCAAAUCCACAAAGAGUGCAAAGAGUGAUAAAAGUUCAAAAAGUGCCAAAAGUGGAAAGAGUGCUAAGAGUGCUAAAAGUGGGGCAUCAAAGAAGAGUAAGACGCCUGAUGACAAGAAGAUAUCAGAGAAAGAAUUUGUUGUUGGUAAAGUUGAGAACAAGAAAGAGUUGGAAGAACUUUAUGCUCAGCCUGAAGAUCCUGCUGCAAAAGAUGCCAAGAAACCAAAGAAACCUUCAGUGCCUGUCGUAAGCAAGGCUAAAAAGACAGCUCCAAAAGGUAAAAAGAAGAAAGAAGCAGCACCUGCAAAGAAGUCUAAAGCAAAGAAGAAGGUAGAGGAAGCAGACGAAGAUGAACCACCCAAAACCCUCACUCCUACCACAGUAAUGGAGGUGAAGGCAGAGGAGGGAGAGAAACAGUCAGGCACAGAGUCUCCCACUCCUUCUCACACCACCACAGAGAGCUCAAUGUCCUUCAUCAUAGUGCGGGACGAGUUUGAGGCCACACCAGAGCCAGAGGAGAAGUCAGAGACCAAGUCCAGGGUCCUGUCCUCCAUCCAUACUGAGAAGACAGAGGAGGAGGAGGAGGAGGGUGGAAGUGAGACUGAGUCUGUACAGCUGAAGAACGUUACAGACAAAGCUGCCAGAGAACGAAAACGACAAGCAGACCGUGAGCGAAGAAAACAGGAAGUGGAGAGAAAGAGGAAAGAACGUGAGGAACAGAUCCGGAAAGAGAAAGAAGCACAGGAGGCUAAAGAAAAGCUUUGGAAAGAAAUGGAAGAAGAAAGGAGAAGGAAAGAAGAAGAGAUAAGACUACGAAAAGAACAAGCUGAAGAAGAAGAAAGACUGGCAGAGGAGAGGGAAAAGGAGGCUGAGAAAAGGCGCCUGGCAGAAAUGGACCGUGAAAAGAGAAUGAAGGAAGAGUAUGUUAGAAAACUGGAAGAAAUGAGAAAGAAGCAGAAACUGGAGGAAGAAAAGCGGAAAGAGUUGGAAAGGCAACGCCAAGAAGAAGAAGAAAGACUUAGGCUUGAAGAGGAGGCAAUGUUGGCAACUAUGGCAGAAGCUGAGCGAGAAGAAUAUGAAAGGAAAAAGAAAGAAGAGGCAGAACUGAGGGCUAAACGUGAAGAAGAAGAAAGAAUCAAACGUGAAGAGGAGCUCCAGAAACAAAUGGAAGCUGCACAAAAAUAUGCUGAGGAAAUGGCAAGGAAAAAAGCUGAGUUCGAGGCCAGGAUGAUGUUUAAUCGUGGCCUCCAGGUGGAGGCUAGUGGACUGGACCACACCCAGGACAUCAACAGAGCUUUUGUCUGGUCUUAUUAUGAACUUUUGCAGUGGCUGGGAAUUGAUAUACCAGAUUUUGAAAAACAGAAACACAAUCUGGAUAAUUUAUGAAACCUUAUCUGACUGACAUGUUUUGAAAAGCAGCAAUGGAUAAUAUGGUUAAAAAAAUGGUUUUACUCUAUCAAGUAUUGGAGUGGAUGGUAGUGAAUGUAAGUCAGCAUUUGAAAAUAUUGGAAUAGAGAAGGAUAUAUGGUCAUGCUGUUCAUAAUUUAUGUGAUAUCGACGGUGAGGAGAUUGAAAAAAUAGAAAUACAAGGUUUUUCAUCUUCCCUUUGUUUAAUUUUUCUACCAUGAUAAUAAUGUUUAAAUAAUGUUGAACUGUAUGACAGUUUUAAAUAACAUUAUUAACCUGUGAUAUAUCAUACAGUAUGUAGUUUUUGAAGUACAAGGUCAGAUUGUAUUUGUAUAGUUUUUGUAUUUUACGUAUACAUGUAGAAUUGUAUAAUUUUUUGAAAGCCAUAUGAGCGUCAGUACUUUGGUUUUCAAGAUUGAAAUUAAAUUUUCAUUUGCAGUUGGAGUCAAAAUCAACUGCAGUGAAAGGGGAUUAAGUUUAAGUAUGAAUUGCAUUUUGAGAAGUUGUUGAUUUUGAAGUCUUUUACUGGAUCUAUUUUAUGAUAUAUUUUUGAUGGUUAAAGGUAUAAACUGCUAU